AUGUCUACGACAACACAGACGCUCGCUAAUAUGAUUCUAAUGAUAUUUUUUACGGAUGCUGUUGGACAGGGUGUGUAUCUUGCAACAGAUAUGAAAUUAACUCAUAUAAAAACACCACCACGCACAACAUUCAUUGCGGGCGUUGCUGUUAUAAUGCCGUUACGCUGGGCCAUAUUGACGGUAUCUGCGAGAUGGGUCAGUCGGAUGGCUUUAUAUAUUAUCUGUCCGAACGGCCGGACAGUUUACUCUUCCUCGGUAAUAUGGGGUCUUAUUGGUCCUCAACGACUCUAUCCAGCUGGGAAUAUCUACUCUCCACUCUUACAAUCAUUCUGGAUCGGUCUUGCGGCUCCUUUCAUAACAUAUUUCGUAUACCGUUGGACUAAGAAGUGCUUUUGGGACUUGCACGUUCCACUUCAAUCUAUAUUUUUUCCUCUUCUUUUCUUUUCUUUCCACGAGUCAAAACUAAUUCACACCUGUAACUACCAUCAACCACUCCAGCUGGGCUUUGGUCAACCUAAUUUCAACCAUUUCAUACGCGCUCGUUGGAUACCGGUUUCGCGCUAA